GGCCCGGCGACGCGACGCGACACGGGGAUGCGAGCUGCGAGACGCGAGGGCUUAGUGUCCGCGUCGUCGCGGCUUCAGUGGAGUGGCUGCCCCGCCACACCUUGGAGGCAGCAUGGACCCCUUCGGGUCCGAGGAUGGCCCGUGUGCCGUGUGCGGGGCGCCGGCCAGGGCCUGCGCCGGCUGCUACGCCGUCUACUACUGCGGCAAGGACCACCAGCUGGCCCACUGGCAGAGCGGCCACAAAGACACCUGUGCGACGUACAAGAUCUCAAAGGAUCCCGUCCUGGGCAGGUACCUCGAAGCGACACAGGACAUACAAGCUGGAGCAUUUAUUAUGAAAUCGAAACCUCUUGUUCAUGGUCCACAGAUGAGCUCAGAGCCUGUUUGCUUGGGAUGCUGCCGGCGCCUAGAAGGAGAACCAGAUGACUGGUACGAGUGCACCAAAUGUGGUUGGCCACUGUGUUCUGUCAAAUGUCAGGAAUCGCAGCAACACAGGCCAGAAUGUACAGCAAUGGGGAAGGUCAAUUUUUUUAUGGGUAAAGACUGUGGCAAAGUUACUAUUCUUGGAGGUUUGGAGGAAAUAAAUCAAUGGUCAUGGUAUGGAUCCAUAGUUCCAAUUAGAGCCCUGUUAUUGCCCCCCAAGGAAUAUAAGAAGAUGAUGGCUCUUCAAACUCAUAUACAAGAACAUCGCAGGAACCCAGAAUUUAAUUUUAAAGUCCGAUCUGUGACUAGUUUUAUUUUUAAUACACUUAAAUUACGUGAUUUUAAAGAGGAAGAUGUUGCGACUGUUCUUGCUAUAUUUGAUACCAAUGCAUUUGAAGUUUCUCGGCCAGAUCUAAACCAAAUGGGAAGGGCACUGUACUACAUGGGAUCAAUGAUGGCUCACUCCUGUAAACCAAAUGCCCGCCUCUGCCAUGUGGGGGAGGAAUUUGAGAUGGCUUUAAUGGCAGAAGAGUGUAUCCCUCGAGGAGCCAGCAUAAAUAUUACGUACAUGGACCGCUUGAACGGCACAUUAAAACGCCUGACACAUCUAAAAACCACAAAGUAUUUUGAUUGUUGUUGUAUGCGUUGUAGUGACCCAACUGAUUUAGGAUUGUACCUGGAUUCUUUGAGGUGUACCGAAUGCAGAGCUGCUGGUAAAAAAAGUCUUCUAGAGUCGACAAGUCCAACUAAAUUGACAGCUGAAUGGCGCUGUCAGAAUUCAGAAUGUGGCCAAAGAGUAUCGGCAGCAGACAUGUUACGUCUCCAUAAGGAGUUGAGAACAGCUAAAACAAAUUUGGAUGACAGUACUAAAUUUUCAGAUUACAAGGACUUUUUAGACAAACACCUUGGACCAGGAGGUCUCCUCCAUCCAACAUCUACCUACAUUCUUCAGAUAAAAAUUUCAUUAAUUUUCAAUAUUUUAGGGCACUCUUCAGGCUACUUCCUUAAAGAGCUCAGCGAAGACUUGUUACAUUACAAGCUACAACUUUGUCAAGAAAUGCUGGAAAUUGCGAAGAUUCUUCAUCCUGGGUACUCUCGUACUCGAGCGUUUUUACUAAUGGACUUACAAGAAACCUUAAUGGAGCAGAUAAAGAGAAACUUGAAGGAUAAAAUUAUUACUUUUGAGGAAGCUCAGGAUUCAGUCAAGAAAGUAAAGACAAUACUCGAUGAGGCAGCUUCCAUCCUGCGCGAACCAGCAAGAAAAGCUGAUGUUGAAGGAAAGCUUCAAAAUUUUCAACGAAAGUGUAAGCACUUAGGUAUAAAUUUGUAGUCAAUGAAUCUGUGAAGGGGAAUGAAAUAUAAUAACAUCCUUUUUCUUGUU